CUGUGACGCAGUUCCAAGGAAAUCCCCAAGCUGACAAGUACGCUUGCAGUUCACAAGACAACACUUCCGACAAGCAAGGCUCCAUCGAGUAAACAUUCGUAAAACCAGGCUUUGAGUUUUGGUUAGGUCUACCUCGAAGACUACCGAAACAUUCUACUACUGUCAGGCUGUCAUCUUGGGUGAAUACAGUCGUGACUCGCAAGAAGGCGUCGGAUUGUAGCCUACUCGGCGUGAAAUAAUUAAAUUAACUUCAUUGCGGAAGUGAAGCUCGGAAGGCUCCAAGACGGCGACCAACGGAGUAAAGACCUCUCUCAACAGCAACGACAACAGGCCUAUAGAAAACACGCACCUUGCAGCAGAAAUGUACGGCAUGACGGGGAUGCCAGAUCUUCUGCCGCCCACGGGCGCACUCCAGCCGACCAGCAUGGUGCUCUCCGCCCCAAUGAAUGGCCCUGGUAAUCACAACGCGCACCACCGCCAUCCACCACUCCAGAGGAUUUCACAGCGGCCACCCAAACUUGGCCAGAUUGGACGGUCAAAGAGAGUGGACCUGGAGGACGAAGACCUGGACCUCCUCAUGAACAACAACAACAACAGCAACAGCAGGAGGUUCGCUGCAUCUAUGGAGGUGUCACCUGUUGCCUAGUGACACCCAGAGACUGCUGUGCCAAAAUACUACUCACCAUCUUCCCAGAAGCCCAUUGUCUUAAAAACAAACAAACAAACAAACAAGCAAACAAACAA